UAGCAUAUAAACGCGGAGCAUCAGUGACGGUUGGAAGUUUGAACCGAGGAGGAGUGCCGACUGAUUGGCUUGGUCAAGGUGAAGCAGCAACAUCGUCAUUAACAUUGAAAAUGAGGGAAAUCGUCCAUCUGCAGGCAGGCCAGUGCGGCAACCAGAUCGGUGCCAAGUUUUGGGAAGUCAUCAGUGAUGAGCAUGGCAUCGACCCAACUGGAACAUACCAUGGGGACAGUGACCUUCAACUGGAAAGGAUCAACGUGUACUACAAUGAAGCUACAGGUGGCAAAUAUGUGCCUCGUGCUGUUUUGGUGGACUUGGAGCCUGGCACCAUGGACUCUGUGCGAUCAGGACCUUUUGGGCAGAUCUUCAGACCAGACAACUUUGUGUUUGGUCAGAGUGGUGCUGGUAACAACUGGGCCAAAGGUCACUACACAGAGGGGGCCGAGCUGGUGGACUCUGUUCUUGAUGUGGUCAGGAAGGAGGCAGAGAGCUGCGAUUGUCUACAGGGAUUUCAGCUCACUCACUCCCUGGGUGGGGGCACUGGCUCUGGUAUGGGUACCUUACUGAUCAGCAAGAUUAGAGAAGAGUACCCUGACCGCAUCAUGAACACAUUCAGUGUUGUCCCCUCGCCCAAAGUGUCGGACACUGUUGUUGAGCCUUACAAUGCCACACUGUCUGUACAUCAGCUGGUGGAGAAUACAGACGAGACGUACUGCAUUGACAAUGAGGCCCUCUAUGACAUCUGUUUCCGUACACUUAAACUGACCACACCCACUUAUGGGGACCUCAACCACCUGGUCUCUGCCACCAUGAGUGGGGUCACAACAUGUCUGCGCUUCCCUGGCCAGCUGAAUGCCGAUCUGCGCAAACUGGCAGUCAACAUGGUGCCCUUCCCUCGUCUGCACUUUUUCAUGCCUGGUUUCGCCCCACUCACCAGCAGAGGAAGCCAGCAGUACCGCGCUCUUACAGUGCCCGAGCUCACCCAGCAGAUGUUUGAUGCCAAGAACAUGAUGGCAGCAUGUGAUCCUCGCCAUGGACGUUACCUGACGGUGGCAGCUGUGUUCCGUGGCCGCAUGUCCAUGAAGGAAGUGGAUGAGCAGAUGCUGAAUGUGCAGAACAAGAACAGCAGCUACUUUGUGGAGUGGAUCCCCAACAACGUGAAGACCGCAGUCUGUGACAUUCCACCAAGAGGGCUGAAGAUGUCUGCCACCUUCAUUGGCAACAGCACUGCCAUCCAGGAGCUGUUCAAGCGAAUCUCUGAGCAGUUCACGGCCAUGUUCAGGCGCAAGGCCUUCUUGCAUUGGUACACCGGAGAAGGAAUGGAUGAGAUGGAGUUCACAGAAGCAGAAAGCAACAUGAAUGACCUGGUGUCAGAGUACCAGCAGUACCAGGAUGCCACCGCAGAAGAGGAAGGAGAGUUUGAGGAAGAGGGAGAGGAGGAUGCUGCAUAAAAAAAAAAUGUGUUAAGUGUCUUCUGACUUGCCUGGGAAUCUUGUUGGUUUUCUUUGUGUUUUUGUCAUUUUGCGUUUUGUCAUCUGAAGCUGUACAGAAAAUGCAAUAAAAUAAAAAAUAAAAAUAAA